GCAGGGCUCGGUGCAGUUGAAGUUCUCGGGUUACGUUUCCUCCGGUCUUUAUUAGCUGCUUCCUCCUCGGCUCUGCUCUCUUCACCCCAAGGAGCUGGACUCAAGUUGCAGACAUGAAGCUUCCAGUGGCCAUUCUUGCAGUUUUUGCAUCGAUAGCUGUCACUAUUGACGCCACCGUCUACUUCAAGGAACAGUUUCAGGAUGGAGAUGGAUGGAAGAGCCGGUGGCUGGAGUCGAAGCACAAGUCAGACUACGGCCAAUGGAAACUGAGCGCUGGAAAGUUCUACGGGGACGCCGAGGCUGAUAAAGGUGUUCAGACCAGCCAAGACGCCCGCUUCUACGCCAUGUCUGCCCGCUUUGAGCCCUUCAGCAAUGAGGGAAAGCCCCUGGUCAUUCAGUUCACUGUCAAGCAUGAGCAGAAGAUUGACUGCGGAGGUGGCUACGUCAAAAUCUUCCCCUCUACCCUUGACCAGAGUGACAUGCACGGAGACUCUCAGUAUUACAUCAUGUUUGGGCCUGACAUCUGUGGAUACAGCACAAAGAAGGUUCAUGUUAUCUUGAACUACAAGGGCCAAAACCAUCUCAUCAAGAAAGACAUCAAAUGCAAGGAUGACGAGCUGACCCACCUGUACACACUGAUACUGAAUCCAGACCAGACAUACGAGGUGAAGAUCAACAAUGAGAAGGUUGAGUCUGGCUCCCUGGAGGAGGACUGGGACAUACUGCCCCCAAAGAAGAUCAAGGACCCCGAGGCCAAGAAACCCAGUGACUGGGACGACAGGGCCAAGAUCGAUGACCCCAGCGACACCAAGCCUGAGGACUGGGACAAGCCAGAGACCAUCCCUGACCCUGAUGCCAAGAAGCCUGAUGACUGGGACGAGGACAUGGAUGGAGAGUGGGAAGCUGCCAUGAUCACCAACCCAGAGUAUAAGGGAGAGUGGAAACCCAAGCAGAUUGACAACCCUGACUACAAGGGAUCUUGGGUCCACCCUGAGAUCGACAACCCAGACUACACUCAAGAUGCCACAAUGUACAAGUUUGACAGCAUUGGUGUCCUGGGCCUGGAUUUGUGGCAGGUUAAAUCUGGCACCAUCUUUGACAACUUCCUGAUUGCCGAUGACGUCAAAGAAGCUGAGGAGUUUGGGAAGGAAACCUGGGGAGUUACUAAGGAACCAGAGAAGAAGAUGAAGGAUGAGCAGGAGGACAUGGAGAGGAAACUGAGGGAGGAGGAAGAGAAGAGCAAGAAGAAGGACGCUGAGGGUGAUGAGGAGGAGGAGGAGGAUGAAGAGGACGGUGAGGAGGACAAUGAGGAACAGGACGAGGAGACAGAGGAGGACGCCGGCACAGAGGAGGACGGCGACGUCACACAGAAGGACGAGUUGUAGAGGAGCUGGCCGGAGGACUGCUGUGUGCUUCUCUCUGCAGGUUCAGACUAAUGACAGAAAAUUAGCAAAAGCCCUAUGGACUCUGGCCUUUCAUACAGCAGCCUUUUAUUCAGGUGUAGGGGUGGGGGAAGGGUGGAAGGUGGGGUCAGAUCAGAUUUAUUUUUUAUUGAUUCCCUUGUUGCUUUUUUUAGUGUUCAAAGUUGAGAAGGGUUUACAUGUUUUUCCUCCUGUUCUGUGUGUUUUCUAAUUUAAUGUGAUUUCCUGAACGUGGUGUGUGUGUGCACCCUGCAGUUCCUCACAGAGCCAAGUCAUUUUUAUUAUUGCCUUUGUUGGGAUGUCCAAUCAAUCGAGGGUUCAUGCACUUUUUUGUUCUCCUGUGUGAAGUUGUACUGUUCGUCUCUGGUUGAUCCCCUUCAUAAUUUAUUUAAUCAUCACAUUCAUUCCCUAAAAACACAAAGCUCUGAUUUGUGCAUAUGUCCUUCCUCCAACUCUGUUUGUGUGUGUGUGUGAGUGAGAGAGUGAGAGAGUGAGAGAGUGAGAGAGUGAGACUGCAUCAGAGAAACUGUGAUUUUUACAAUUCUCAUUUCCUCAUUGUUCUGGAUGAGUGACUGUCCCAUGGGCGCACACUGCUUUUGAGUUUCAGUGAAUAAAUUGAAGCUUCUCUCAACAACCUGA